AUGUAUCUUCGAAUAUGGAUAUUGACUUUGGCUCGCACUCCAUUGCCAAAGAUCGGUUCCUUCGUGCUGGAUGAAAAUGGGUAUUUGAGCUUGAGUAACCGACCUCUUACUCUCGAGAUCCAACAGUUGGAAAAUGAACAUAUUCCGGUUGAUAUACCGCGAAAUGUGACCCACAAUACCGUUGACUCCUAUCUAAACGACGUUAUUGCAUUCCACGAGAGCCGGCUCCGCCAUCAGCCUAACGCGAUCAAAAGUCUGGAAGAUGGUUUCUAUCAGACAGCUGCAUUGAUGACCAACGUUUUUGUCGAUGACAAUUGGAACAUCAAGUGUCUUAUCGAUUUGGAGUGGGCUUGCUCCCAUCCAGUGCAGAUGAUUCAUCCUCCUUACUGGCUGACAAACCAGGCCAUUGAUCUAGUCAACUCCGAUGAAUACGAAAGGUUUCAUGCGGAGUUUAUGGCGGCUUUUGCAGAAGAGGAACUUCAAAUCAACCCGCCGAUCAGUCUUCACUCCAUUUUGCAGCAGGGAUGGGAGAGAGGGACGUUCUGGUGUGCCUUAGCACUCAGCAGUCCCACGGCAUUGUUUUCUAAGACGCAUGACGACCCAUCAUUUUGGCGAAUUACUAUGCCGUACUGGACGUUCAAUACUUUUGCAUUCAUUGAACAAAAAGUAAAAGACAAAGAGCCAUACGAUGUCUCUUUGCGAGAAGCAUUUCAAUUUGAAGCAUGCGAAACCAAUGCGAAACCAAUGAAACAACUAGACUAA